GAUGGGUGCAGGAGACUGAGGCUGACUCUCCACCAGCAGAACCAGGUCGGGAGGAUCACAGAACAACCCAGGAGCAAGCCAAUCGGACGAGCGUUUGCUCUGGUGCAGCCAACCAAUGAUAGGCCUGCUCUGAAGCCUGAACCAAUCAAACCCUCUGAGGAGAAGGCUGAAAAGGUUGAGGUCAUCAAGGUGUAUCUGGAGGAUCGUAGACAGGAGCAGCAGAGACACCAGCAGAGCCUCAAGAUGUUGUCAGAUGAAGUCUCCCAGAUACAGGAGGUGAGAUACUGUCUGAAGACCCUGAGGGAACAGAUGGCAACCAAGAACAAAGGACAACACAAGUUUCUUGCUAGUGGCUACAGAGUCAGCACUCCCUCCAAUCAGAACAUCUCUUCUUCCUCAAAGGGAGGAGUUAAAGAUGAUGGGCAGGUGAGGGGCUUUUCACAUGCCCUAUACGGACAGGGAGGGGAGGAUGAGGUGGAGAGGGACAAGAUGAGGGAGGUCAGUAAGCGUCUGUAUGCUCAGCUACAGGAGGCCGAGAAGAAACACCAGGAGGAGAGAGAGAGACUGCAGACUGAGGGUGUGGAUCUGCGCCAGCGUCUGGGGGAGCAGGAGGAGAAGCUGAAGGGGGUGGAGGAGAGUAGUGAGAGGAAGGACCAGAGGAUUGAGGAGCUCCAGAGGCUGCUGGGAGGCAUGGCGCAUGAGAGCCAAGCCCUACGAGACACACUGAGGAACAGAGAGGAGGAACUCAGAGAAUUACGCAAGAUCAGAGAGGAGGGCAGGAACGAGGAGCAGAGGUCAGAGCAGUUGGAGAAGGAGCUGGCCAUUCUGAAGGAGAAGAUCCAUCAUCUAGAUGACAUGCUGAAGAGCCAGCAGAGGAAAGUCAGACACAUGAUCGAACAGCUGCAGAACUCUCGUAUGGUGAUCCAGGAGAGGGACCGUGUCAUCAGAGAUCUGGAGGAGAAGGUGGCUUUCCUGGAGGCAGAGAAUCGGGAGAUGCAUGAUCAGAUGGACUACUUCCUGGGAGGUGAAAGGUCAAACUCACACCUCUCAUCAGACCGCCACGCCCAGAUUGUCUACAGUAAGCCUUUGAAGCCCAGCAACUCGUCCAACAAGCCUCUUCCCUUCAUCAAAAUCAUUGAGACCAAGUCCUGAACUGGUGAAAGCGAGGGAGAAGGGGCUAACCUAACGACACCAAACCUGCUAAGCUAGACAACAACGGACUGAAAUAGACCACCACCACAUUACCACCACACCAACAUUACAGUGCACGUAUGAAGUUUAAACUGAGGUGACCACAACAACAUCACAUCAACUGACCACCAGCACCAUCACCCAAUAUGCAAUGUGUGUGUGUCAGAGGAGGCUGGUGGGAGAAACUAUAGAAUGAGGGGCUCAUUGUUUUUUUUAUUACCUUUAUUUAACUAGGCAAGUCAGUUAAGAACAAAUUCUUAUUUUCAAUGACGGUCUAGGAACAGUGGGUGAACUGCCUGUUCAGGGGCAGAAUGACAGAUUUGUACCUUGUCAGCUCGGGUUUGAACUUGCAACCUUCCAGUUACUAGUCCAAUGCUCUAACCACUAGGGUACCCUGCCGCCCCAUUGAAAUGUCAUGGAACAGUCAACUGUUCCCAUAUGUUUGCUGUGUUUCGUACCGUUACAUGUAUUCCUCCUAUAGCUCCUCCCACCAGCCUCCUCGUGUGUGUGUGUGUGUGUGUGUGUGUGUGUGUGUGUGUGUGUGUGUGUGUGUGUGUGUGUGUGUGUGUGUGUGUGUGUGUGUGUGUGUGUGUGUGUGUGGUGUGUGUGUGUGUGUGUGGGUGGGUGGGUGGUUUUGGAUUGUGUAUGAACGUUGAUGUAGAUAUACUUAGAGAGUUGAUUCUCAAUAGAAGUCUAUUUAUUCAUAGCAGACAGAUUAUUCUUUCUAACUCAGUGUCAUAAUCUAUUGUCAUCUGUUGAAGUCCGUCUGAAGGACUUUACUACUGACAGAGAGGACCAGAGACGGUGUGGUAGCACUGUGGUUAGUAAGGGUCUGAUAACAGACCGAGUCUUUGGCCUCAGAGAGGAGGCAACCAUGCCAGGCUGGGCCAUAACAGAGAAAUAAAAUGGCCGAUGAGUGAGAGGGGGAUCGAAGAGAGAGAUGGAGGGUAAGAAAUCUGUAUUAAACUAAUCAGAACACAACCAGUUUGUCAUCUUUUUACCAUGGCACCAAGGCAGGAUAGAGUGAGUGUUGCUACACUAUACAGGUAUUGGAGAAGCAGAAACACAUUUAGGAUAGAGGAUAUAGUUUUCCAUCAAACUCUUCUGUAACCCAUUAACCUACUUCCUGUGUCUGUGGCCUGGAGUCCACUGUUAGAAUCCUCUUUAUUUGACACCUGAAAGGGAGAAAGACAAUCUUUGACUUUUUGUAAAUAUACUUAUAUGGUCACGUAACGGCCACAGUGAUGUGUCAUGGUUUAUACAAAGUUAUGAAGGCCAUGUUUGUUAUUUUGUUCGUUGAGAAAGUAGGAUGUUUGGUCUAGUAUGUGUGGAUUAGAAGUCCCCUCACCAAUACUGAUGUCACUUUAAAGUCUAAAGGAAAUGAAGAUGAUUCAUUCUGACAAGUACUUACUAACCUUGCAAGAAGUCUUGUUGACAUUAUCCACAUUUUUGCAUGCAUUUCAGUUACCUGCCGUUUCAUCCACCAUCACCAGCUUUGUACAUAACUAUAUUUAUUUGUUUAUGUGGUGUUCUUUGAUGUCCCUGUAGUCUCACUCUGGGAUUUGUUUGUUAGUUUUAUCCUUCAGACAGGAAUGUUUGGCCUGACACUUUAGUGUGUGACAAUCAUCUUUAUGUAUUUAUGUGAAAAUACAACUUUCAUUUUAGGGAAAACAUUUUCAGUAGACAUGUUAGUGUGUGUUAGUUAACAACAUAUAUACUUUGUGUUUUAGUUAUUUUAAUAAAUAUAUGAAAAUA